AUGGCUGAUUGUAACCCUAAAGUUUUCUUCGAUAUUGCCGUCGACUCCAAAACGGUUGGUCGGAUCGAGAUGGAGCUCUUCACCGACGAGUCCCCGCAUGCGAAGAGCUCCCUGGCUCUCUGUACCGGCGAGAAAGGCAUCGGGGAGUCUGGUGUACCACUCCACUAUAAGGAAUCAAUCUUUAACCGUGUGCCCACCAGGAAGCACAACCGUGCAGGUCUCCUCUCCAUGUUCAACCAUGAUGGACACAUCUUUGAUCCUCAGUUCAUGCUCCUCAUGGUGGAGGAUCCUGGUCUCGACUAUGCGAACGUCGUGGUCGGACAGGUUGCUAAGGGAUUCGAUGUAAUCAUGGAAGUUGAAGAGAUGGGUCGGACAAAAAUUGGAGAUGCCGCUCGUGACAGUCGCCGACUGCGGUCAGAUUCUUCCUUGUGGUUCUCUGGUAACGAAGGUAUUUUUGUUGCAUAG